UUGGUCCAUUGGUACAAAAAAACUACUUUAUUAAUCACAAAUUAUUUAAAGGAUUUUAAAUUAGUAUUGGAUAUAGAUUUAUUUAUUUAUAAAUAAAUAUACAAAGGUAUUAUUUGAAAAAUGCGUUUGACAGCUUUUCUUAUGCAUUACAAACACAAAAAACCUCAUGGAAAAUUAUACAGAGGAAAAAACCGCAAAGUACCAGAAGUUCGUUUUGAGCACCUAUUGCGAGUUCGCCAUGAUUAUGAACGUGAAGAAGAGAACAUGUUAAUUUUACGUCAUCCUUAUCUAACGACUGCACAAUCAUUAAAUCAUAUGAAGGAAAUUAAACCACCAAUUGAUAUGAACGAAGUUCGUAAUAAAAUGAGAAAUGCCUUAUUCCAAAAACAUUACAGUUGGGUUGAUCAACUGGCUCAUUUGCGUGUCAGAGAUUCUUGGGAAUAACUUAGUUAUUGAAAACUACCUUUCAUCAAUGUAGAUUAUUGAAUUUUCUUAAAAGACUACUGUAUCAUUUAUUAAAUUUACAUCAUUAUUUCUUUAAUAAAUAAUUAAAAUUUUAUUUAA